AUGCAUCUUAUGUACUCUCUCGACGCCCAAGGCAAGCGUGUCUACACGCUCAAGAAGGUCCUCAGCGGUGAGGUUACCAAGUCUGCCCACCCUGCCCGUUUCUCUCCCGAUGACAAGUACUCUCGUCACCGUGUCACCCUGAAGAAGCGCUACGGUCUUCUCCUCACCCAGCAGUCCGCUACCCCUGCUCAGUAG